UGCACCGUAGCAAGCUCAGUACAGUCCGAACCUCAGAGGUGAGAGCACGGUCGCUGCUUCCUCGCUAAGCCUCCGUUGGAAAAAAAAAACAAAUUCUUCAUUGCCAUGUCUAGAUUCCUGUCAACGCUCCGCCGCCCACUUGGCCAGCUGAGGGCGGGGUCCGUGGGCGUGCACAGAGCCCUCCACACCACCGAGGCGCGGGCGGAGGAGCGAAAAUUGAACCAGCCGCUGAUCGCCACCAAGAUGCCUCGUCCGGGCGGGAUCUCGUCCUUCAUGCGCCUCCCCGUCCAGAGCGGGACGGAGGGCCUAGACGCAUGCUUCGUGGGCGUUCCCAUGGACACCGGCACCUCCAACCGCAGCGGCGCGAGGUACGGCCCCCGGCAGAUGCGCGCCGAGAGUCCCAUGCGGCCGUUCAACCAGGGCACGGGAGCCAACCCCUUCAGGUUCCUCAACGUCGCCGACAAGGGGACGUUGCUCAACCUUUACAACCUUCCAGAAGCCUGCAACAACAUACGCGACCAGUACAAGGAGAUCAUAAAAAACGGGUGUAUUCCCCUAACGAUGGGGGGAGACCAUACUAUUUCGUAUCCCAUUCUCCAAGCCAUCAGCGACAAACACGGUCCGGUUGGCCUCAUCCACAUCGACGCCCACCCGGACCUUCAGGAGGAGGUCCUCGGGUCGCGCAUCGCCCACGGCACCCCCUUCAGGAGAGCCCACGAGGAGGACCUUCUCGACUGCUCGAGGGUCAUCCAGAUCGGCCUCAGGGGGACGGCGCUCACGGAGGACGACUGCAACAUCGGCAGGGAUAUGGGCUUCCGCGUCGUGGGCGCUGAGGAAUGCUGGCACAAGUCCCUCACGCCCCUCAUGAAGGAGGUGAGGGAACAGAUGGGCGACGGUCCCGUCUACAUCUCCUUCGACAUCGACGCUAUUGACCCCGGCUUCUGUCCCGGAACAGGCACGCCAGAGAUGGGAGGUCUCACGCCCAUCCAAGCGCUGGAGAUCGUACGUGGAUGCCGAGGACUUAACAUCGUGGGCUGCGAUGUCGUAGAGGUGUCUCCCCCUUAUGACUUCGAAGGAACGACAGCUCUGCAGGGCGCGCAUCUGCUGUUCGAGAUGCUGUGUGUCCUCCCAGGCGUCCAGUACAGCAGGUAAUCGACCAAGACGAAGCUGGACAACGAAACGCUAAAUGGACGUCGCAGGAUUUUCGAUGUGUUUGUUGGAGCGAUUUUGAUUUUGUAUAAUUGUAUUUUCUUGAUGUCUAUUCGCAUUUGGAGCUGCAGUUUACAUGGAUUCGAGAGAAAAAAAGGCGAGAAUAUUGUGUUUCAAUAAUCCUGACGACAAACUUGACAGAGCAUUGUCAGACUUAUCAUAUUAUACACAAAGAAGUUAUUGUAUUCAGUAUACACUUGCAACAAAUAUAGAAAAAAUCCUUUUAAAGGUAUCAAAGACGC